AGAGCGCCACCCGCUAAUUACGAGACGCUCGCAAAUUAAUCAUCGCGCGAGAUAAAUCGGCUCGUGCUCGCUCCGAGACUAUUUUGGUGGAGGCGGGGCGCGAACCGAGCCGAGGGGCCAGUCGCGCGCCGGCCGCCGACGUGUGAGCAUCGCGUGUGGGAGCGCCGAUCGUGUUGCGAUGGAGCGAUGAGGGCGUGCGGGCGCGCGGCGUUUUGCUGGGCCCUGCUGUGCCUCGCCGGUGGCCUGGCGGCGCCGCGCCGCCUCUAUUGCGAGCGCGCCGACGUGGCGUGGCGGGCCUACCGUGCGCCGGCCGCCUUCGAGGCGCGCGUGCAGUCCCUGGCGCGGGACGCCGCCACGCUGCAGGUGCGUCGCGUGCUGCGCCGCCAGGGCCGCUGGCCGCGGGAGGACUCCAUCCUGCGCCUGGAGCUGCCGCGGGAGGCCCUCGAGUGUUCGGGACGUUUCGAAGUGCCCUUGGAAAAUAGAAAGAACUAUAUCGUGUUCGCGGAGCGGCACGGGCACGCUGCGGUGGCACUGGGCCCGCCGCUGCGCCGCACUGCCAAGCUGAUGCGCCGCGUGCGCGCCGUCUACAAGCAGGGCUACAGCAGUCCUGCAAGGGUGGAGGCGAUGUCAGAUGUGCGAGUGACGCGUGGUGGGAGGGUGCGUGUGGAGUGUCGCGCCAGUGGUCGACCGCCGCCACGCAUCUCUUGGUACAAAGAUGGCAAGCCAGUCGCAGAUAUCGCGCUCAGAAGAUUCCGGGUGCAGAACUACAGAAGGCGCUCGGUGCUGGUGAUCCGGCACGCGCGGAAGGAGGACGCGGCGCGGUAUGAGUGCCGGGCGCAGGGCGCGACGGGUCCACCCGCUGUCGCGAGUGCUAAUGUCACUGUACUGCUCCCUGCCGCCGCGCCACCCGACACCGCGUCGCUGGGCGCGCCGUGUCCAAUGCCGGACCCGGCUUCGUACUGCCUCAACGGGGGUACAUGUUUAUACUUCGAAUUAGUUCAAGAGCAAGCUUGCAAGUGUCCAGAAGGAUUCAACGGGCAACGCUGCGAGAACAAGGACGUGUCGAACAGGAGCAGUAUGUCUCAUUCCUACACAUGCAAACUGGGCCUUUCCACGUCCUACUACUGCUAGCGCACGCCGCGCCGCGCCGCGCUGCGCCCGCGACGCUUAGCCCACCUCGUUCCAAUUUUAUAUUUAAAAAUUUAGAUCGCAACAUCUCGCACCAAACGCACCAAAUGUCCGCCAGAUAGACGAUAUAGUUGCGUUCCGGAUUCGUGUUUGUUAUUGGGGUUUUGGUUCAACUAAAUAACAAAUCUAUUUGUUACAAUUGGAAUUGAUAAGUCAAAAUACAGUAAUUACUAAGUAUGUUAGUUAAAUGAACUAAAGUGGUACAAAAUAAAAGAUUAAUAUAACGAUAAGAUUACAUAAUGAAUUAAGGCUUCCGACAGACUAUAUAAAGUUUUCAAAUUCUUUUAAAACAUAAAUUAAAUCAUAUAGAUCUUGCAUAACUAGAAAUCAAAACCCCAGUAACAAAUUAAUCUGGUUAACUACAUUUUUUAAUCACGCGUACAUAUUUGAGAAUAGGACGUACUUAAAAUUUGGUUUUAUAUUAGGAUAUAUAUUCGAUAUAAUAGCAAAAUGACAUUUUAAUUGUUAAGGCAAUCAAGAAAAAUGGCGUUAACAGUGUUUAAUAUAACAGCCAAACAUUACCUUUUCAAGGUGAAAAAUGUAUUUGUUAGGAAACUCAUGUCUCUCCUGUUUGUGAGAUUACAAUGUAGUUUCAAUUUACGCAAUUAUUGUGAUCAUUAUUGGUUGUUUACAUAAAAGGUACUCACGAAAAAAAAUAUAUAUUAAAGACUUCUAUUUUUGAUUCAAAUCAAGGAAAUAAAUAUUUAAUUAACGAAUUCGAUUCGAAUAAGGAAAAUUAUAAAUCAUUUAAAAUUUCUAUAAAUAUUCUUUUAGUUAAUCAGUUUAAGAACGAAGACCUUAUUAUGGCGUCCUAUGUUUAAAGUUGUAAAUAUUUUACACUGUAUUUUGUAAUUUUGCGAUUUAUUUUAUUGUUAUUAACUCGUUAAGGUUUGAUAACUCGUUUUAGUGGGUAAAAUCCUGAUGAAGAGACUUGCAAGUUUUGUACAUAUCUAUAUAGGAUAAGUAAGAUUUUUUUAUUCAAAAACAAUACAAUAUUCACAUUUUGACCCGACUCGCCGCGCACUUGUUUAACUUUUAGCGGCAAAAUUGACAAGAUUAAUUUUACUUUAUUUUGACAGUUGUCAGUGUUACCUGUUAUGAAAUUAAAAUAUAAACAUUUUAAAAGUAGCUUAAAAUCGUUCUUAUAAAGUGCCUUAAACAUUUAUAAAUACGAGUAACAUUUAACAAUUCUUCACAAAUUAGAAACAUUUUAUACAACAGGCGCGUGGCGGGAUUUUCCAAAUAUUUAAAUCUAAAAACAUUUCACAAAUUAUUUCGAAAAUCCGAUAUACUCCACCUAGUCAAAGAGCAGUUUUAAUACUUAAAAAACUAGUUAGGCUUAUAUUAAUUAAUUUAUAUAAUUUAAUGAGUGUGGCUAAUAGGAUGAGUGGCUGGUUGUUGAUGUAGCGAAAUCUUUUUUUCUAUUUGCGUUCGGAAAUAGAUAAUUAUUAUUGAUUAUAACGUUUAUAACGUUAUGAAAUAUCGCUGAAGAAUUCAAUGAAAUUAUAUCUAAACUAUCUAACAUGAUUUUAGUACAAUGCAUAUUUACGAAAUAUCCAAAGCUGUCCAGUUUAUCAACACAAUCAGAAUUUAUGACAUUGUCUUCUUGUAUAAAGAACUCUUAUAUUUUAAGUUCAUUAUUUAUAUGUAAUUAAUUAGAAAAAGGGACUAUUUAUUUUACACUAUUUGAUACUAGGGCAUUAUCAAGGUGGAAUGACGUCUGGUAUUAUUUAAAUGUAUUUUUAAUUUUCCAGAAAAUGUGUGAUUCUACUUAUUAGUUAGAAAAUUAAAAUGUACACUACAGAACUAAAACAGUAAUAUUUUAUUUGCCUAUUCAAUGACGUCGUUGCAUCUUUUCUAGAGUUUUUGUAUUCUCACAACAAAUAUUAAGCCGGCAAACAUGUUACAUUGUAAUACCAAAUCACAAUAAAAGAAUGAGUGUUGGAAUUAACAGAGAGGCAAUAAUUUUAA